AUGUCUUUAAUUGACGAUUUUAUUGAAGGAUCAAGUAAUUCUCUAACUCCAGCGUAUGUUGGAAAUGCUUUACCGGAAACGGAUGGUUUCGAGCAUGACCCAUGUCAUAUGUUGGAAACCGGAUUUGUUAGUACUGGGUUGGCCGAAGAUGAUUCACGUAUUUUUAAUUUAGAUCGUGUUCAAUUCCAAUUUCCCGCUGCCUUGACGGCAAUGGCAGUAUCAAAUGAAAUUCUCAUAAUGGCUCUGGAAACUAAUCAUAUUUUAAGAAUUGAUUUGCAACAAGCUCAUGAUGUCGAAGAUAUUGAAAUUCCACGCAAAUCUGGAGAAGUUAAAAUUUAUAAAAUAUUUUUCGAUCCUACUGGAAGACAUUUACUCAUUACUACAGAACAAGGAGAGAAUUUUUAUAUGUUUGAAAAAUGGAAAAAAGCUAAAUUACUUUCCAAAUUCAAGGGUAUAACAAUUGAAUCUGUAGGUUGGAAUAAAUCUUCAGGAUCUUCAUCUGAUACUUCAACUAAAAAAAUUCUGGUCGGUAGUCGUAAUGGUAUUAUUUACGAAGCAGAAAUAGAACCAACGGAUGAAUAUUUUAAAAAAGAAGAGAAAUAUUGCAAACCGGUUUAUUCAUUAAACGAGAAUCUUCCUAUUACUGGUCUUCGCUUAGAACAAUUUCCCACUAGUCCAAGAAAAUAUUUUAUAGUCGCCACAACACCUACAAGGAUAUAUCAGUUUAUAGGCAAUGCUAACCCUGGAACAGAUAUGGAUGGUUCAAUGUUUGAAAUUUUGUUUUCUAAAUAUGAAACAAAUCCAGUGUUCCUUGAGCUUCCCGGAGACUUGCCAUACAGCGAGUUACAUUUUUUCACUCCGUUUCAAGAAUUACAGUAUCAAGGAUCUGCUAAAACUUUUGCGUGGUUAACCGGACCGGGAAUUUAUCAUGGUAACCUCGUAUUUGGGUCUCAAGAUGUUGGAGAUCAUGUUAUUGAUAGCGCUCAAUUAUUACCAUAUCCUGCCACAACAUCCGAAAAUGAUCCUUCUACUUUGGUACCAGAAAUUCCAUUAUCUAUAGCUCUUACCGAAUUCCAUCUUAUUUUACUAUAUAAAGAACGCAUUAGAGCAAUUUGUCAGUUAAAUGACCAAAUUGUUUAUGAAGAUAUUAUUCCACUUAAACCUGGAGAGGUUAUCCGAACUAUGACAGUAGAUAAUGUUAAGAACACAUUUUGGAUUUAUACAGACUGUUCAAUAUUUGAACUAAUUGUAUCAAAGGAAGAUAGAGAUGUAUGGAAGUUAUAUUUAGAAAAACAAAUGUUUGACACAUCUUUACAAUAUUGCAAGAAUCCUGCACAACGCGAUAAAGUUCUUACUUCUCAAGCUGAACAUUACUUUUCUCAAGGAAGAUUUCUUCUAUCUGCUAAUUAUUAUGCACAAUCAACUGUACCAUUUGAAGAAGUUGCACUUAAAUUUGUAGAAAGAGAUGAAAGAGACGCGUUAAGAAAUUAUUUAUCAAUUAAAUUAGAAAAGUUGAGACGUCAGGAUUUGACUCAAAAAACAAUGAUCGCUACAUGGCUUAUUGAAAUAUAUCUUAGUAAAAUUAAUUUACUCGAAGAUUUGGCAGCAUCAAGUGCAGGAUCUGAAGAUACCGGUUACUAUAAAGCGGAACAAAGAGUAUUAGAAGUGGAAUUUAAAAGUUUUCUUGAACAAUUCAAGGCCAAUCUAGACAAACGAACAACAUACAAUCUCAUUGCAAGUCAUGGGCGUAUGGAAGAACUUUUGUUUUAUGCUACGUUAAUUGGUGAUUAUGAUAAAGUCAUAUCGCAUUGGAUCCAAGAACGGAAUUAUAAGCAGGCUUUGGAUGUUCUUAGUAAACAAACAUCUGUUGAUCUAUUCUAUAAAUUUGCACCAGCCUUAAUGGAAAAUGCACCAUAUGAAACUGUUGAUGUCUGGAUGCGACAAACAAAUCUUAAUCCUAGAAAUUUAAUGCCUGCAUUAUUAAAAUAUGAUCAUUCAAAAGCACCUGAGAACGUUACUCAAGCAACAAUACGAUAUUUGCAAUAUGUGGUUCAACAACUCAAUAAUACAGAUCCAGCCAUUCAUAAUUUUCUUCUUACAUUAUACGCCACUCAACCUAUUCGUGAUGAGUCUACUUUAUUGCAAUUUUUAGCCACAGAAGGAAAGGAACCAUAUUAUAGCAUGGAUUACGCGUUACGACUUUGUAGUCAGAAUGAAAGAAUGCAAAGUUGUGUACACAUUUAUAGUAACAUGGGAUUAUUUGAAGAGGCUGUUGAUUUGGCAUUGCAGCAUAAUGAUUUAGAACUUGCAAGAAUUAAUGCAGAUAAGCCUGAAGAUGAUGGUGAAUUACGAAAGAAACUAUGGCUUAAAAUUGCACGACACGUUGUUGAAAAAAAACAAGAUAUCAAAACCGCAAUGGACUAUUUGCAACACUGUGAAUUGCUUAAAAUUGAAGAUAUUUUGCCAUUUUUCCCUGAUUUUGUCCUCAUUGAUGAUUUCAAGGAUGAAAUUUAUAAAGCUUUAGAAGAGUACAAUUGUCAUAUCGAACAAUUAAAAGAUGAUAUGGAAGAAGCAACUAAAAGUGCUGAAAGUAUUCGAUUAGAUAUAAGGGAAUUGCGAUGUCGCUUUGCGAUUGUAACAUCCAGCGAAAAAUGUUCGAUAUGUGAUUUUCCACUUUUAACAAGGCAAUUUUAUAUAUUUCCAUGUCAACAUGCAUUUCACGCUGAUUGUUUGAUCAAUCGGGUUACCACCACAAGUAAUACACGACAGCUUUGCCUUAUAUUAGAUCUUCAGAAACAAAUAGAAAAAGAACUAUCCAAUGUUAACCGUAUACCUGAUAAUUCUAAUCGUCCAAGACCUGCACCUGGUGGAUUAGAUCGAUUAAGAGGAUUGAUUUUACCCGAAGUGGCGACACACAGUGGUGAUGAUGUUGCUAUAGUAGUUCCUAAAGUUGAUCAAUUAAAGGACGAACUAGAUGAUCUAGUGGCAUCCGAAUGUAUUUUAUGUGGAGAUAUGAUGAUUAAGACAAUCGAGAAACCUUUUAUCAAUGAAGAAGAAAGUGAUUUGCUUUCAUCAUGGGCAAUUUGA